CUCUGUGGUAGAUUCAUUUUACUCUAUUAUCGGGCAACGUAUUAUUCAUAUUUUUGACUUUUUCUUCAGGUAUACAGUAUGGCUCUUAGUGCAGCUGAACGUGCCAAGAAAUACAGAGAUAAUUUGAAAAAUGAUCUCGCUCGACGUGAAAUCUAUCUAAAGAAAGAAAGGCAAAGAAAACGCAAGAAUUAUGUUCCUAUUUCCGAUAAAACCCCACAAGAGCAAAGAAUGCAAAGAAAACAAUGGCGAAAGGGUUCGCAAAGGUUUAGAGACAAGCAGAAAGGUCCUGGCUUUCCAAUGUCACCCGCACAAAUGUCGUCGAGUUCACCACCUGCUACACCACCUCCAAGACGUACAGAUCGACGCACACAAAGAGGAAGAAGAAAAGUGAAGGCAGCUCGUGCAAAGGCUUACAGGAAGAUUAUUCGUUUGGAAAAAGGCUUGAGGCACAGAAGUCUGCCAUAGAAAAGUGGAAGAAAAAAUAUUACAGAGAGAGGGAUGAACUGCUUAACUCAAGUUCAACUCCUCGUUCAAGGGCACGGAGAAUGUUGAGAAAAUGUAAAGUGACACCUGAAAUUAGGAAGGAAUUAAUAUUCCAUAAUGCUGUCUUCGAUGAAAUCAGGAAGAAAUACAAAAGAAACAAACAAUGCAAGAUAAAACAAGUCCUGAGAAGGGCUGUGGCCAAUGUACAUAAGAAAUACUGUGUGAUAAAUAGGCUAUCUUCAAAGAUCGGAAUUAACCCGAGGCUAUUAAAAAAAGACCGCCGAAAGA